CUCUCUCUCUCUCUCUCUCUCUCUCUCUGUCUGUUUCUCUCCUCGUUUCUCGCUUCCCCUUCGACGGAACGGGGGGAAUCCCAUCUCCGACGAAUCGGAGCGAUAUCGAUCGCGCGAGGGAGAAGAGGAAGAGGAGAGAGGGAGAGGGAGAUGGAUCAGAUACUCAACAAGGUGGGAACCUAUUGGUUUAGCCAAAAAGCCAACAAGGAGAUAUCCUCUGUGGGAGAUGACAUCAAUUCACUCUCGAACAGCAUUGAAGGGGGAACAAAAUGGUUGGUCAACAAGAUCAAAGGAAAGAUGCAGAAACCCUUGCCUGACCUACUUCGAGAAUAUGACAUGCCAGUGGGCCUCUUCCCACGAGACGCCACCAACUAUGAGUUCAACGAGGCGACGGGAAAACUUACUGUAUACGUCCCCUCUAUCUGCGAAGUUGGUUACAAGGACUCCUCUGUUUUGCGGUUCUUCACCACCAUUACUGGUUAUUUAGAGAAAGGUAAGUUUGCGGAUAUUGAAGGGAUGAAAACCAAAGUGUUGAUUUGGGCUAAAGUUACUAGUGUUAAGACCGAGGGGUCGAAGGUUCAUUUCAUGACCGGGGUAAAGAAAACCAGGAGUCGGGAUGCAUAUGAGGUUCUUAGAGAUGGUGUUGGUGUGGAUAAGUUUUAGGAUAUUCAAUGAAAUUGGUGAAGUAUACAGCUCUUGAUGUGCCAGCAAAUUUCUAUGUCAGUUAAGUUUAUAAUUAUGAGACGCAUCAUCGUUUAAGUUGUAUAUGUCUUCUCGUUGAGACCUACUUCGCUUGUUUUCUUAUUGUAUUCAUUAUCGAACUGCAAUGGAUGCAGCUUAUUGCAUAUAAAACUAACUGUGCGUUCAAGUUUC